UUUAAGUUAUCAGAAUUGGACGAACAACAAGAAAGUUAUAGCCAUAUGUAUAUGAAUCGGCGGAUAUUGAAUUGUCCUUUUCCGUUCUGUUUAAUAGUCGGGAGAAAUUCUAUUUUUUUUGUUUUUAAACAAUUUUUUUUAGGAAUGACUACUUUUAAUGAUCUUUCCAUGUUUUAUACUAAAUUUGCAUUUUAUUUGACUAAAAUUUAUCAUGAUGAAUUUGAAUUUGUUCAUUUCCUUUCUCAGUUCAUGAUUUCUUCUGCAGUAAUUACAUUCUUCAGCUUUACUUUUCUGGACAUUCGCGCAAUGUAUGGUCGUUAUUCAUCUGAAUCUUUUUUUGCAAAUAUAUCGAUUCCUGCAAAGUUUGCUUGGUUUUUGCAAGAAUUGCCUUCUCUUCUGAUUCCUCUUUUUGUUAUUUGGUAACUCUAAAAAGUUAAUUUUCGUUUCAAGUUUGG